CACCACCACCACCUCGUCCUCGUCCUCGUCUAAUACAAAGAGGCCAACGAGACUACUUUAAACACCCGCGAUCAUCCUUUUAGUGAAUUAGUUACAACGUUUAAUCGCCCGUAAAAUAGAACAGUUAUCGUCGUCAGUGUCCGUGGAAGUCAUCAACAUUAGCAUGGUCGUCGUUAUCGUAUAUUAAGUGGUCAUCGUUUUGUGUUGAUGUGGUAGUUCAUUUUUUUCUUUCCUCGUCAGUUUUCAUCGUUCAUCGUUCAUCGUAUAAGAAGUGGUCGUCAUUGUUUUGUGUUUAUUUACUCUUUCGUUUCUUUCCUUCAGUGGUUUCGUCAUCUUCAUCGUCCUCCUCCUCCUCCUCCUCCUCCUCCUCCCCCCAUCAUCAUCAUAAUCAUGGUAACUCGCGUCUACUCGUGUGCUCUGUAACCCGACCUCUUUGUCACAAUUCUGGACAAGCUCUCCUCCACAAGGCAAAGAGAAUGCUGAGAGACUUGUUCGAAUCCGUUCUGGGGUCUGAUCAGAGGUGGCUGGAGGGGGACGACGAGGCCAUUGUUACCAACGUAUCUCUGGUGUCACGGGUGCCGGCAGACGUGCAACACAAGGUCCACAGACACUGGCAACAGUUCGAGGUCCCCCACCCGCUCUGGCACACUGUUCUGGGGAUGUUCUACCUCCUCAUAGGCGCCGCAGGGUUGAUGGGGAACGGCCUCGUCUUAUGGAUCUUUAGCACGUCCAAGAGUCUCCGCGGCGGCACCAACGUCCUCGUCAUGAACCUCGCCCUCACCGACCUCCUCAUGAUGGGCUCCCAGGCGCCCGUCCUCGUGGUCAACUGCUUCACCCACCGCUGGACGCUCGGCCCCACCGCGUGCGAGAUCUAUGGGUUCUGCGGCGCUCUCUUCGGCACUGUCUCAAUCACCACACUGGCCCUGAUUGCCCUCGACAGGUACAAGGCCAUCGUCAAGCCAUACACAGGGUGGCGUCUCUCGUGCGGGCGUGGGGCGGCGUGGGCGUGCGGCUCGUGGGCGUACGGGGCGGCUUGGUGCUGCCCGCCCCUCCUCGGCUGGAACCAGUACGUCCUCGAGGGAUUUCUCACCAGCUGCACCUUCGACUACCUGACGGAGGAGCCUCUGAGUCGCGUGUACGUGAUGCUGCUCUUCGUGUUCGCCUACGUGGUGCCCCUGGGCGUCAUCACCACUUGCUACUGCUUCAUCUAUGUCUUCGUCUCCCGCCACGACCACCUCUUGCUCAAGGAGAACGUGCUGACCAGACGCACUUGCCUGACGCUGCACCGGCGGGAGACACAGCUGGCGCGGGUGGUGGUCACCUCGGUGCUGUUUUGGACGCUUGCCUGGACGCCCUAUGCAGUGGUGUCCUUGCUGGGGGCUCUCUCCUGGCGGUCCCAUCUCACGCCCCUCUCCACCAUGCUGCCCGCCGUGUUUGCCAAGCUCUCCACCGUCUACAACCCCUUCAUAUAUGCCGUGUCUCAUCCUACGUACAGACAGGAGUUGGCGCGGCGGUUACCUGGCGUGUGUUGCAAGCUGGGCCUGGUCAAAGGUGGUGCCGCUGGGGCCGAGACCGAGUUCUCCCGACACUAUUCCCUCUCCUCUAUCACCUCCCGCUGCGAGAUGCUCUCCUCCCACACCUCCUCCGGCGACUCGGCCCUCCGCGGCGUCAGGAGAGAGCGACAGCAGCCCCCCAGGAGAUCGACCCGAAGACAGACACUAGAGCCUACUAGCACCCGGAACACAGACCUUUAGCCGUGGCAGGAGGAGGAGGAGAAGGAGGAGGAAGGAGGCGAAGAAGGAGGGAGAAGAAGAAAUGGAAAGACCCAAGGGAAAGGAAGGAAGGAGUACGAGGAGAAGACGGAAGAUGGAGGGAAGGAAGGUGACUGAGAGCCGUAAAGAAACACGUGUUGGUAAAUACAUUUCUAGUCACUAUUAAAAUGUGAUCAGGUAGGUUUUAGUAGAGACAGGAAGAAGAGGAGGAGGAGGAAGGUAGGGAGAAAGAGAAGGAGGGAAGGAGAGGGAGAGGAAAGUGAAAAGUGAGGAAGGAAGGAGGAAUGAAGGAAUGUAAGAAGGAAGGAAGGAAAGAGGAAAGAGAAUUAAGGAGAAAGGACGGAGAUGAUUGAAGAGGAAAAGGAAGAGAAACAGUUCGGAAUGCAUAAUCAAGGGAAGGAAGGAAGGAAAGAGGAGAGAUAAGGAGAAAGGAAGGAGGGAGGUAAUUGAAGAAGAAAUGAUAGGAAAAUAGGUUGGGUUCCAUAGUCUAGUCACUAAACAGAUCAGCAAGGAGCAAAUCAUCAUUGACUUUAUUAUUAUUUUUUAUCCAAUGAAUGACGUGUGUUGACCUCUACGAUUCUAGUCAGUCAGCGGAGGAGUUAAUGAGUGAGUCAGUUGAUCAUAUACUCCAUCAACUGGUCUGUCAUUUAAUCAGUCAUUCAAAUAGUCAUAUACCAAACAGUAAGUCAGUUAAUCAGUCAGUUAGGCAGGCAGGCAGUACAACAGGAAGUCAACCAUUCAGUCAAUUAGUCAGUCAACAGGAAAGUCAAUCAACCAGUUAGUCAGUCAACCAUUUAGUGGAUUGAUUAGUAACCCAACCAGAUAAUCAGACACUCAGUCAAGUAAUCAGUCAAUCAACAGUCAAUUACUCACCCAGUCAGCCAGUCAACGAGAUUAAUAUUUUAUACAAUGUUAGAUAAUUUACGAAUCCAUGACAAUCAUUCCUUGACAAAAUGACAUAUGAUUUAUUUGUGAUAUAUUGGUACAAAAAGUAAGAGUCAUACGUUAGGAAGGCGACAGACGUGACCUCUUCAUACAAUGCGAGAACGCGUAGAUAUAUAAAUAUUUUUGUAUAUAGCAAAUAAUAUAAACUCGUAACCAAAAUAAAGCCUAUUGUCUAUAUAUGAUUCAAGUGUCUUAGCUCUUCUAUUCGAGAUGCUGUUAGUGUCUUAGAAGAAUUAUAAA